AUGUCCGACGCCGGCUCACUUUUCUGCUGCUGUCGCCAGGGCAGCUCGAGACGUUCGGAGGAGGAGAGGGCGCGUCGCUUGGAAAUCAUACGACAGCGUCGACUCGAGCAAAUGUACACCCGGACACGUCAACCCAGCGGAAACCUCCGGAAAAUCUCCGAAAUCAACGAGCAAGACGAGGCCAUUGAGCAGCACAUCGUCUUUAACCCACGCGAGAAUGGAUUCACCGUCUUGAGGAAACUGUCGGAGGAAGAUCAGGAAGACAGUGGCCACGAGUCUGACGGCCGUACGGAGAGUGAGGCCGAUACGGAAUCUUCCUAUGGACGACGAGAGGGGAAGGAAAAGCAUCACGGAAAGGUCUACAACAUGCUCCGAUGGGUGGCCACCGUCGGCAAGAAGAAGUCCCCAGCCCCAGAAAAACAA